AUUUAAAUUCAGUAGUAUUUGUUGGUUUAGAAGUUGUAACAGCAGUGGAUCUGAUUCUAGUGAUUCAAAAUUGAUUUCUACAGAUAUUGGUAAUUUAGCAUCAGAAGUAAGUUCUACAGAUAACAUAGAAAUAUUUGAGGAAGAGGGAGGUGUAGUCGUAAUGUUUGAUUCUUGA